UUAGACACCAGCGUAAUAUGCAUGAAGCACUUUACGGAUAAGGAUUACAUGAGAACUGCUAGUCGACCAUCGCUUCGCCGCGACGCCAUGCCAACCAUUUUUGAGUGGAAAAUAGAUCCUGCUCCGGUGUGUGAGUCACAAAAUGACAGCGUUGAGGAGAUCAUUGAGCUACAAAAUUGCGAAGUUGGUUUAAAUGAAGGCGAUAAAGUAUAUCGGCCCAGGGACGGUACUCUUGAUGCUUCGACGUCACCUAUCCGUAACUGUGUUUACUAUGAUAGUGAUCUUCAGGAAGUGGAAGUGUUGAAAGUGGAAGUUGAGACAUUCAAGCGCGAAAAUGCACACCUCAAAAAGGAAACCGAAAAGCAGUGCACCGAGCUCGCUACAUUGAAGCGGGAGUCCGACCUGCAAUUGAAGAGACACGCAUGGAAAAUGGAGUCACUGCAAAAACGUUUGGAUGAAAUGGCUGCCCAAAUGAAAAAUGUGGAAGAUGCACUAGCUUCCAUCUUCACCAAAGGGCAGAUAGCGAAGCUGAAGUCUGGGUCGAAGCGACGAAAAUGGGCGGAAGAGGAUAUUGCGAAGUCAAUAUCGUUGUAUGCUGCCAGUCCUAAAGCAUACAGGUUGCUAUAUAAGCGUACUCGAAAAUUUCUUCGGCAUUAUUCGGUCAAAAGGCGGGUUACAUGAUCACCCUGACCAACAGGAAUUCAAGUACCGUCUGCGACUAUACCUGCUAGGACACAACAAGGGCGUAUUAUCCGAUUCUGCUAAUGUAGAAGAGGAUGAUACGCCUGACAUAGAAAUCACGCAGCCUCCGCUUACAAGUAUUUUGCUGAAAAACUUAAGCUCUAAUGCAGAACUGUGGCCGGUUGAAGAAGCGGAAUUCGAGGAUUUGGAGCUAGACGGACUCGAGCAUUUAGCGGGAUAUAUUUGCCACAAGCUGCAGGAUGACAUUCCCAGCACGUCGUUCAGGAGCAAUGACGACCAUUCAUUCUCCUGGGCGGAUCACCUUAAUGAGGGUGGGUUAUCCCUACCAAGCUCCUCUAUGAUGGUCCAUAUGCGAAGUCUUGAGUCAGUCUUUAAGGCAUUGAACGAAGAUGGCUUGCUCAUUACAAAUGAUUUUGUAAAAACUCACAUUGAGCAUGCUGCAACAAUUCAAUGCGACAUUAAAGUAAAAAAAUUAUUUUUCAGGGCAAGAAUGUUCUUCAAAAUACGAAAAUUAAAUAAAGAACUCGUUGAAAAUGCCCACAAAAGAAAAAGAAAAGCCAAAAAAACUCUGACCUAGAUCGAUCCAUAUGGUACCAUUAUAGAACCGUAAGUAUUGCAUAAAAUACCAAACAUGUGGUAAGUUUUGAACUAAAGCGUUUUUAAAUUUGUAGAAAUUAACCGUUCUUUACUUGCAGCAUAAAUCAAUGUCCGCAUUUCACACGCACUGAUCUCAGUAUUUCAGACUCCUAAAAUUAAAAUACUUGCAUGCUACGCAAGUAAUAUGAUUCAUCCAAAGGCCCUUUUCAGGGCCGCCAA